UGGCCAUGAGCCCUCUCUCUCUCUCUAUCGCGCCGUUAGCAAAUUUUGCCCAACUGCUAUUUUCCCACAAAAUGGAACGGAAGAAGAGAAAACAAACAUGCUCGGCUUUGAGCUUUGAACCGAUCUCUGCCACUAGUCUAUCAUACAUACUAUCAGCCUUUGUUUUCCCAAUCUGGUUCACGUGUAAUUGUAAGUGAUCUUUAAUUGCUCGAUACAUGUCCCAGAGAAAUGCAUUUUGUAAUGGAGAUGGGGUGCAGUAGCUGUCUCUUUUGAUCCUUGGAUAAAGUAUCCUCUUCUUCCCUUCACACCAGGCUUUGCGAUUAUGGCGUCAGAAUCUGAUAAGUGGGGAUGGGAGCAUGUCAGUGUGUUUGGUGGGUUUGACAGGGGAAGUGGUACUAAAAGAUGGAAGUGCAAUCAUUGUAAUUUACGAUAUAAUGGAUCCUAUUCCCGAGUUAGGGCCCAUCUUCUUGGGUUCUCAGGUGUUGGCGUCAAAAGCUGCCCUGCAAUAGACAGGACUUUAAGGGAAGCAUUUCAUAUCUUAGAGGAUGAGCGCCUGGCUCGGAAGAAGAAAAGGACUUCCGGAAGUGGGAAGCCUGGUAAGCGCAUACCAACUAUACAACCAAGAGGCACAUGGAAAACUAUCAGAAAAGAAGAUGUGGAUGACAUUGUAGCUAGAUUUUUUUAUGCAGAUGGACUAAAUGUUAGUUUAGUCAACUCUCCUUUUUUUAAUGAAAUGGUUAAGGCAAUUGCUGCUUUUGGCUCUGGGUAUGAACCCCCUUCAGUGGAUAAGCUGUCUGACUGCUUUUUAAGUAAAGAGAAAGGAAGGAUUGAGAAAUCUAUUGCUUUAGUUAGGGAGUCCUGGCCUCACACGGGUUGCACUGUGAUGUGUGUUGGUUGUUUAGGCAGCACACAAGGUUGUUUUCAUGUUAACAUUUUUGUCUCAAGUCCAAGGGGGCUCAUAUUCUUGAGAGCAGUAGAUAUAGAUGACAGUGAUGAAGCAGUCGAUAUGUUUACUAGUGUCCUUACUGAUGCAAUUGUUGAAGUUGGAGCCAUAAAUGUUCUUCAAAUAAUCUCACAUACAGACCAUGUCUGUAAAUCAACUGAAUCCCUUAUUUCAUCCAAGUUUCCUCAUAUAUUUUGGUCACCUUGCACUUCACAUUCUGUCCAUAUAUUGAUGGAAGAAGUAGCUGAACUGGAGUGCAUAAAACCUGUAGUUUUGUGUGCUAAGGGUAUUGAGCAAUGUAUCCUGAUGAAUCACCAUGCCUUUCCGUGCCUUUUCACUCCAAAUCUGAAAGAGAGCCCUGAUCCAUUUUCUGCCAAGUUUGCACCUUCCUAUUGCUCUGUCAAGAGAAUUUUUGAGCUAAAGCAGGCACUUCGAGAUGUUGUUGUGAGCGAAGAGUGGAAGCAAUGGAAAGACAGUAUUCCAGAGGAUAUUCUAAUUGUCGAAGCUUCCAUUUUAGGGGAUGAAUUCUGGAGCAAGGCUCGUAUGAUGCUGCAAUUGUUUGAGCCUUUUACAAAAUUACUUGCUAUGCUUGAUAUUGACAAAUCUGCGAUGGGUGCUGUUUAUGAUUGGCGUGUUCAGGCACUUGAAGCUGUGAGGAGCAAAGAAAUCAAUGAAACUGCAUUGAAUCAGUUGGAAGUUCUGAUAGAGGACAAAUGGGAUGUGUUAUUUUCCCCUCUUCAUGCUGCUGGUUACAUACUGAACCCAGGAUAUUUUGGAAGAGGUCAGGCCAAGGAUAAAAGUAUAAUGCGAGGUUGGAAAGCCUCUUUAGAAAGGUAUGAGUGUGAUAGUGCAGCUAGACGGGUCCUUAGAGAGCAGCUAAGCUCUUAUUGGCGAUUGGAGGGAUCCUUUGGAGAAGAAGAUGCACUGGAUUGUAGAGAUAAAAUGGACCCAGUUGCAUGGUGGGAAAACUUUGGUUUUGAAACACCUCACUUGCAGACUCUAGCCAUUAAGGUCCUCAGUCAAGUGUCAACCAUUUCAAUGUGCCAAGAUAUUUGGCAAGGUGAUUACUUUCUAUGUCGAGAAGCACCCAACAAGUUGGGAACGCAGAAAGUGAAAGAUCUUGUCUUUGUUCGAAACAACCUUAGAAUUCAUAGCCAGAGAAGUGGGAGUUCAAGCUCUAGCGCAAAUUGUGCAAGAAAUGUGAAUAUGAUGAGUUUUCCAUCUGGAGUUAAGUCAUGGGAUUAUGCUCAUCUUGAACAAACAAAAGUUAUUGUAAAUAUCCAUGAUGAAUUGUGAUAGAUCGUGCUUAACUUUCUAAUUUUUGCAAGAUUUACCAGAGUAAGGGCCCCAUGUCUACUACAUAUUCUUUUGAAAGAUUAAGCUGGAAAAGUGAGAAGCUCAAUUCCUGGCUAAGUGAGUGGGGCAAAAAAGUAGUAUGUUUGUUGCUGAUAUAAAAUGGAGCUUGCGCAAUGAGCUUAGGUUCCAUUGAACUGUACGGUGUUAUGUGUUAAUCAAGGUGUCCAGAGAAGAUUCAUUUCGGGUUA